AUGAUUCAACCGGCGCCGGUUUUGCCUUCGAACGGCUCACCAUUACUGAAUGCCGAUACGGGCCGCACGUCGAGGGCGCUACAGGAGCAGUCAACGAAUCGACAGCACAAUGAGUACUCCUAUGUCGAGGGCCAGGAGCAAAAGUACUCGUCGUUGUUGACAGAGAACAACUAUCCCGGUCAUCACCCUCAACCACAGCCACAACAUAUAUACCGUCAGACGCCGUUGCAACGAAACCAAUAUCGACACAGCAGCUCGAGGUAUCAACUGGGCCACGACACUCAUGAUGCUCGGGCUCGGGCGAAACAAAUUGCAUCGCAGCUUUACGAACGGUUCCGAGCGUCGGACCAUUAUAUGAAGUAUCGCAAUCGACAGCAAAAGGAUGACAAGAAUGGGCAGGAGCAGAAAUGGCCGGAUCAUCUGGAGUGGGCGUUCUUCCAAGCUCUCGUCUACUGGCGACCCAUGGGACGUCGUCAAAUCCCACACAAAGACAAGAGAAGAGGACGCAACGAGCUCAUUGCCGACUACAUCGAAGAGUUGACCGGCGAGGCUCGCACCAGAAAGCAAGUUUCUAGUCACAUCCAAGUGUUGAAGCCCUUCGUGGAAGGCGACCCCGUCAUCAUGAAGUUCUUAUCCAAGGAAGACAUGGGCCACAUGGGACAUCCCGGUCGAAUGUACGGCGGACGAGCAGCGUCGUAUCACAGCAGUGUCGGUCGGGUCGCUUCUUGCUAUCCGGCCACAGCACCAGUACAGCGGGUGCCUGCUGCUCCAGUGGCACCCAUGGCGAACUCGCAUGAACUGGCCAAGGUGAAGGGAUACCUCGCCGUAUUUGAGCCCAGAGACUUUCAGAUGUUCGUGCAGCGCGAACUCCCAGAUGGGAACAUUGAGCGGCUUCACGACUAUACACAUGCGAUUUCGGAUCCACGACAGGACGACGAGAAGCCGGAGGAUAUGACUGCGUUCAGUCAGUCACAUCCAUUUACAGCACUCCUGCUUUGGCAACGACGGCCUGGCUGUAACAUUGUUCUCGCGGAGGCGUCGCUUGCUUUCCCGACGAUUGAGUUCAAGGAUGCGAAGACGGGCAAGACGUUGCCUAAGAUUCGAUUGGCGAUAUCGUUCCUCUGCAAAAGUCGAUACCUUGACAUCAACGCCGACGUCUCCUGCCGGAACACCUUCUACAAGAAUGGCGAGCUGCUGGUAGGCUACAACGCAACAACAAAAGUUGACAUCUUCAGUUCGGACGAUGGAAGCGCCGGCGUAGAAGCACAGCUCAAAUUCGGCAGCGAGUUCUGGGCGAAGCAAUGCCAAUGGAUGGCCGCUCGACUACGAGACAGCGAAGACCUAGACAGGGCAGUCGAAGAAGUUCGAGACUCGAUCAAGAACAUCACUGCCAUGCAAGAAGUCUUCAUCAACACGGAGCAGGGCCCCGAACGACUCCUCGUCAUAGUGUGGUCCUUCCGCCUGUCACGAGACGUUCGAGGAAAAGCAUACUGGCGACGUCUCAGACUUCCUUCAUCGCCCUCCUCGUACGACUACACCUCCCAACAGCGAACGGAGAGAGUCGACUCCGUCUACGACUAUAACCUCGACUUCACCACAACCUCCUCUAUGCCCCAACCAGCCCUCCAAUCUCCCUUCGAAUACGACACGAGCAGCUCAGGAGGCUCCGCCCUUCCCUCAGGCACCUGGCCCACAAACCUCGACGACGGCACGAACACCGCUCCCCACAGCGCUAUCGACUUCCCCGGCGCCGCAGAUAACGGCUUCGACUUCAGUGGCGGGAAUAUCAACAUCUCCUACGCGGACCCUUCAAUCAUGGAUUUCAGCAACUUCGACAGCUCCGCAUUCAACUUUGACACUGCGACGACGGACUUCGUGGCGGAUCCAGCGCUGCAAGACUACACGCAGACGGAGAGACAGGAUACAACUUUCACACAUGAUGCUUCGCAGCAGUCGCAGGAUUAUACGCAACAGACGGACUACUCGUCGCAGUGGUGCGAUAGCUAUACCGCGUUUGAUCCCCAACCCUCGAUAUCUGCUGGAGCGAGUAACUACGCCACCGGCCCAGAGUCGCAAUCACAAGUUCUCGACGGAUACUCCGGCCAUUAUGACCACACGUAUAGCGAGGGGCCGUCGGAUGGCCAGGCGUACGGAGGAGCAGGACAGGAUGUCCACGGUAGGGAGGAAGAUCCUUUGGCUGCGUUGGCAGAAGCGAGUUACUUGAGAGGAGUGAGUCUGCCUUCGCAGCAUGAGCAGCAGCAGCAGCAUCACGGGCAUGAUCAUCAGACGCAGUGA